AUGGAAAGAACCGAGCCCUCCCUGCCGGUUCUGCUACCGACUCGGCCGCGGGCCUCGCUCACCCCUGUCCAGAAUCCCUCCCCGCUCCCGCUGCCCCACUCGCUCACCCCUGUCCAGAAUCCCUCCCCGCUCCCGCUGCCCCACUCGCUCACCCCUGUCCAGAAUCCCUCCCCGCUCCCGCUGCCCCACUCGCUCACCCCUGUCCAGAAUCCCUCCCCGCUCCCGCUGCCCCACUCGCUCACCCCUGUCCAGAAUCCCUCCCCGCUCCCGCUGCCCCACUCGCUCACCCCUGUCCAGAAUCCCUCCCCGCUCCCGCUGCCCCACUCGCUCACCCCUGUCCAGAAUCCCUCCCCGCUCCCGCUGCCCCACUCGCUCACCCCUGUCCAGAAUCCCUCCCCGCUCCCGCUGCCCCACUCGCUCACCCCUGUCCAGAAUCCCUCCCCGCUCCCGCUGCCCCACUCGCUCACCCCUGUCCAGAAUCCCUCCCCGCUCCCGCUGCCCCACUCGCUCACCCCUGUCCAGAAUCCCUCCCCGCUCCCGCUGCCCCACUCGCUCACCCCUGUCCAGAAUCCCUCCCCGCUCCCGCUGCCCCACUCGCUCACCCCUGUCCAGAAUCCCUCCCCGCUCCCGCUGCCCCACUCACUCACCCCUGUCCAGAGUCGCUCCCCGGUCCCGCUGCCCCACUCGCUCACCCCUGUCCAGAGCCACCGAUCCCCGCCACGGUCAAAUUUUGGCGCCGAGCGUCGCAGCCGUUAG